GGAGAACAGAAAUUCAUACAAGCUGCUCUAGAGUGUUAGCCAAAUGAAAGUAAUUAUUAAGGUUCAUUUCGCCAGAUAGUUAUUACCUGUUAUUAGUGUCAGACUGUGUGGAUUUGUAGUGGCCAGAUUUGAAAACUCGUACAGUCAACUGUUAUGGUGAAACAAGCAUGAAACAAAUAUUAGGAAAUAUCGCAAAGGAUCAGAGCAAUAGACAAGAUGAACAUGAUCACAUUCUUUAUCGUGGGACUUCUGGUCCAUGUGGUCUUCUUCAUCUCCAUAUUUGACAUCUACUUCACAUCACCCUUGGUUCAUGGUAUGAGUCCUCAACAUGUGCCCUUACCCUCGCCCGCCAAGCGCCUGGUGCUCUUCGUGGCAGAUGGUCUGAGGGCCGACAGCAUGUUUACGCCGGACAUCAACCGCACCAGCAGGACGCCCUAUUUAAGGAGUGUAAUUGAGGAGAGCGGUUCAUGGGGAGUGUCACACACACGUGUACCUACAGAAUCCCGUCCUGGACACGUGGCGCUUAUAGCGGGCUUUUAUGAGGAUGUCAGUGCUGUGGCUAAAGGCUGGAAGGAGAAUCCAGUGGAGUUUGACUCUGUGUUUAAUGAAAGUAGGUACACAUGGUGUUGGGGAAGUCCUGACAUCCUGCCCAUGUUCGCUAAAGGAGCGAGUGGAGAUCAUGUGUACACUCACACUUAUCCUGCUGCGAUGGAGGACUUCGCCUCAAAGGACGCCUCCAAACUAGAUACCUGGGUGUUCGAUCAAGUGAAGGACUUCCUCAGAUCGGCCAAAGAGAACCAAACUCUCAUGUCUCAGUUGCGUGAAGAUAAGAUAGUGUUUUUUCUUCAUCUUCUGGGAAUCGACACCAACGGACACGCCCACCGGCCCAUGUCAAAGGAGUAUCUGGACAACAUUGGCCUGGUUGACGGCGGAGUGGCCGAGAUCGUUUCUGUGUUGGAGGAGUUCUUCGGGAACGAUGAGAGAACAGCGUACGUUUUCACAGCUGAUCACGGCAUGACAAACUGGGGGUCGCAUGGAGCCAGUCAUCCAUCAGAGACCUUCACGCCCUUAGUGGUGUGGGGGGCCGGAGUUCAGAGAGCUCAGAGAACCGCCACUUUUCAAAAUCAUGACGAUGACGACUACAUCAGAGACUGGGGGCUGGAGACGUACAGGAGGAUUGAUGUCAACCAGGCUGAUAUUGCACCACUCAUGUCAUCUCUCAUCGGGGUUCCCAUUCCACUCAACUCUGUGGGUGUCCUGCCACUCGAGUACCUCAAUAACAGCCAGCAUUUCAAAGCCGAAAGCAUGUAUGCGAAUGCCGUUCAAAUCCUGGAGCAGUUCAAGGUGAAAAUGAUGCAGAAAAAGGAGACCACUUUGUCAUUUCUCUUCACGCCAUUCCAACCUCUGACUGAUUCAAAAAUGACUGAGUUUAUGAGUCACACAAGAUCACUCAUCCAGAAAGGGCGCUUUGAUGAAGCUAUUCAUCAGUGUGAGGUUCUGAUAGAUCAGGCCAUGCAGGGAUUGUCCUACUACCACACCUAUGACCGCCUUUUCCUGGGCUGCAGCGUUGUCUUAGGUUUCAUCGGAUGGACAUCUUAUGUGGUUUUGGUCAUCCUGAAGACUCAUGCCAGCCUGCGCAAACCACCUGCAAGCAGAGACACGACGGCAGCGAGACGUGUGGGUCAGGUGUUUGUGUGCGUAGGCCUGCUGGUGUCUCUCUUCCUGUUUCUUCAGGCCAGUUCCUUCACCUACUACAUCUACUGCCUGCUGCCUGUCGCCGUGUGGUACGGUGUCCUGAAAGAAUUCGGGAUCCUUGUCGAUCUUAUCAGAUCGGUUCCUUCCCUGCGUCUGAUCAGAUGCUUUGGAUAUUUUGUUCUAGCUACAUUUGGGUUAGAGCUACUGGUUGUGAGUUUUUUCUAUCGGGCCAUGUUGACCCUGGGACUGAUAGUGUUGGCACUGUGGCCUGUCCUCUCAGGGCUUUAUAGAAAAUCCAAGUCCAGGUCAGUGAGCUGGGUGUUGAGCUGCUUGUGCCUGGCAGUGUUUCCUCUAUUGCCUGUUGUCGGACGAGAACCCAACACCAACUACGUGUUAUGCGCUGGAGCUAUAACACUGUUCGCGUCGUUCCCCUACAUCUUUUCACGUCGACACAUGGGCCUGCAUACGAAGGAUCGUUGGCUGUUUAUUGGCCAGAUGCUGCAGGUGACGCUGUGCACAUACGUGCUUUCGAGCACACACUCCAGUCUGCAACUCAAACAAGGCCUGCCGCUCUUCAAUCAGCUCGUCAGCUGGAUCUCUCUGGCGUCGUCGUUUUUUGUGCCGCUGCUGAGUUCUACGCGACUCUUCUACAGACUGCUGAGUAUUCUCAUGUCCCUCUUCUGUGUGUACCUUCUCCUCAGCACCGGGUACGAGGCCAUGUUUCCUCCCGUACUGUCAUGGCUGAUGUUUGUGUGGAUCCACAUGGAGCAGGAAACCGUGGACACGCACAGAAUGUCCAGCAGAAAUGAGCUCUCACGCAUUGAUUUUGCUGAAAAUAUCGACUUAUCCAGAAUCAGGCAGCUGAGUUUGGACGAUAUCAGAAGAUCGUACUUCUUUGUAUUCUUCAUAAUCGUUGCAUUCUUCGGCACAGGAAACAUUGCCUCCAUCAACAGUUUUGACCCAGCUUCUGUCUACUGCUUUCUAACGGUCUUUAAUCCUUUUAUCAUGGGUGGACUUUUAAUGUGGAAGGUCCUGAUUCCAUUCAUAAUAGUAAUGUGCACAUUUGAAAGUGUUCAAGUGUCAACACGGCUUUCGUCACGAAGCCUUUUCCUCAUCGUGCUGGUCAUCUCUGAUUUGAUGGCACUGCACUUCUUCUUCUUGGUGAAAGACUACGGAAGCUGGCUUGAUAUCGGCACAAGCAUUAGUCACUACGUCAUUGUCAUGACCAUGACCAUCUUCCUGAUGCUGCUGAGUGUGAUGACGCACAUCCUGACCUCGAAUAAACUCCAGAUUGGACAAAAAGUGAAGGUGCACUUUAAGUGAUCUGCUUUAGACAGUGCUGGGAAAAAGAAAACGCUUUAGGUGUUGGGGUGGCAUCCUGGUUAUAACAACACUUGGUUUGCACUGUAAGUACAGUACAAUUUCUCGUAAGGACACUUCUGGCAAAGACACUAUUUGGAGGGAGGUUGGUUUGGGGUUAUGCAAAUCUUCACCCAUAAACUUGCGGGAAAUUGAGCAUGUUCUGAAAAGGAAACAGGAAAACGAGCAUGCUGCCGUAACUCUUAUUUUCAGUAUUGGUAUGAAUAGUACAGUUCUCGUGCCAUAGGGUUUGAACUAAAAGAAAUAAACACAUGAUGGGUUGGUGAGACUGUGUGUGCUUCAUAACAUGUAAAAAAGAGGUACUUAUAAAACUAUACUGAUUGAUUUUGUUUGUGCAUUUAUUUAUUUAAUUAAAAAAAAAAAAAGAUUCUGCCACAUGAGUAAUUUAUGCAAAUCAGAAUGGAAAACUUGAAUACUUUUUUGGUUUGUGCUAAAUGUGGACUGUGUACAUGUGAUGAUUUAAGCUGUACUGUUAAAGGGCUACUUUUUUAAAUAAUACUGUAUCUUUUUUUUUUUGGUUUCUGUUUGGUGUUUAUUAACUUUAUAUCGGACAGAAUAAAGCGUGAUACUGAGAUCGGAUUAAGAACAUCGUCAGUCUUUCUUUUUUGUUUGUUUUGUGUAUUGAUUUAUUGUGUAUACAUUCAUAUAUUUAUAUUAAAACACACUGUAGAGACAGAAAAAGGUGUUUCCUAUUAUAUGAGCUUUACUUGAUCUUGUUCUUGACAUUAGCCUAACAUUAGCUUAUUUAUGUCAUUACAGUCCCCCACGAAAAUAUUAGAACGUCAAGGCCAAUUCUAUUGUUUUCGCUAUACGUUGAAGACAUUUGGGUUUGAGAUCAAAAGACGAAUAAGAGAUGAUAGAUCAGAAUUUCAGCGUCAUUUUCUUAUACUUACAUAUACUUACUAGAUGUCCAGGUUUUUUUUUCUUCAAGUGAUCAAAAAUAUUGGAACACGUGACUAACAGGUGUUUCUUGCUGCCCAGGUGUGCCCUGUUAGAUUGAUUGUUUAAAGAAUGAAUAGCUUUGAAUGUCAACUGGUCAAAUGGUUUGAGCCUACAGUUUCACCUGUGAAGACUGCAUUUGUUGUUAAAAAGGAUAAACCAACA